AUGUGUUUUAUUGCAAGAAAUAUUAUUUCGAGGAACUCAACGGAGCAAACCGUUAGCAGCACUACCAUAACAAAUACUAAAGUAAUUGAGAGCCGGCCGGUGCCGAAGCCUGUCUCUCCUUUUGCCAAGUUCCGCCAGCUCGAGAAACAGAAUUCUGUCAAUUCCCCUAACUCGCCCAAGACACCGCAGAGCCCGGGCUCUCCUUCGCAGCCUUACUUCAAGUUCACCGACCCAGCGUUGCAGCUCAGCGCUGUCACUAUUAAAGAAAGAUUGCUGCAAUGGUGUCGAGACAAGACUCGGGACUACGAGAAUGUGAAGCUGGAGAACUUCUCGACGAGUUGGGCGGACGGACUGGCCUUCUGCGCUCUACUGCACCACUUCCUUCCUGACGCUUUCGAUUACGCGCAGCUCACGCCCGACAAGAGACGCCACAACUUUACGCUCGCCUUCAAAAUUGCCGAUGAGAAGGCGGGCAUCUAUCCCCUCUUGGACGUGGACGACAUGGUAUCGAUGCGCAAGCCCGACUGGAAGUGCGUCUUCACGUACGUGCAGUCCAUCCACCGUCGCUUCAAAGACGAGCUCUGA